AUGUCAUUAACAACUGAUACUCCAUCGCAUACACAUGUAUCUGCGCAAUUUUUGAAUAUGACCCUGUUAAGAUCUGCUAACUUCUAUGAAGCUAAAUGUUUCAAAGACUGCAAUAUUCAAACUAUUUUAGGUGCAUUUGUUGAACUUUUUAAGACUAAAUUGUUAAAGAGUAGCAUAAGUAUGGUGUCGAAAUCUUCCGCAAGUAUGAUCGCAGCCAUUCAGCUCAACAAAAAUGUUGCGGUUGACCAAAAUACUAUUGAACCAUUGUCAAAAGCCUUAAGCUUAGAGCAAGAUAGUAUGGAUGAAGAUGCCGAUUCGAUUAGUACAGACAAUGUUGACAAGAUUUCUACACUGCUGAAGCUCUUGUUGCUUUUCCCUAAUGAAUAUUAUGAAAAGAAUGAACGUCCCCAGGCCUUAUAUCUGGUCACUUUGUUAGAUAUUUGGUCUGUUUCUUGUAAAAAUGCGGACUUGUUAGCUCGUAUGAAAGUGUGCUUAAUGUGUAGGAGCCUGCAAUUAAGAUUCAUUGGAUAUUUCAAGCUUAACAGUAUUCUGGGUGUUGAUUCUGUAGUGUUAAAUUGGUUGGUUUCCUCAAAUCAAAUCUGGCCCGUUGAAGGAAGUAAAGAAUUAGAAAAUGUUAGAAAUUCUCUUGAGCAAAUUACCAACGAACUGGAUUUCAGUAUUUUGCGAAAAAUCAUCAUGAGUGCUAGUACCAAAGUACCUGAUGUGCAAUCGAUUUCUUAUCUCCAAACCGCCAUGACUCAACGUGUGAAAGAACUUGCUAAAGACGUCCCCAAAAUAGCGCUGGGAAAAAUUAUCAAUCUUAUAAAAGCUAUCAACAACGUUUUAAUUAACAGAAAAUCUAAUGAAGUUGAUCUUACUGAUGUGAUUUAUGCCACCGAUACAAUCUCAGAAGUCAGCAAAUUUAUCACAUUGUCUCUCCAAGAUGCCAAGUCUUCAAUUUCGACCAUUCUAUCUGAAUUUAAAGAUGAACCUAGCAAGAAAGCAGAUGUUAUCGCGGAGCAUAAGUCUAAAUUCGAUAGUAUUAAACAUAUUUUCCAUAUCACUCGAUUGUUACAGGAUUAUGCUCGCAUUGUUGGUCCUGAUGUUGAUGAAGUUAUCUCUGCUGAAAGUCUUUCUAAGACAUUAACUGAAUUAGCCUCGCCUUUUAUCCAGUUCUUACAAUCUGCACUCCUUUUAAAUAAUUCAGAGAACAUCACUGUGCUUAACAUGACAACGGAGUUUAUUGCGGCUUUCUGUUCAAUCUUGUCUCGCUAUCAACAAGUGGAAACAACCAAACGUGUGUUAGCUGCAAUUUGGUUCGUCUAUUCUUUGGUUCUCAAUACAGGUGACCAAGAUUCAAUUGAAAUUCUUUCGAACGCUUUUAUUUCAUGGAUUCAAUCCUUAUCUAAAGACCAAUAUAUAAUUGUAAUCGAUGGAUUUGUGGAGCAAGCUGAGGAAGAAGCUAUUAAUCGUGGAGUCAUCACAAAAGAAAAUCAUCACUUAGUUUUCUUGUCUCUCCUGUCAAUUUUAUUGAAGAAUUGUAAUAACAGUGAAAAGGGCCGUUUAAGAAAGAAUAUUCCCACAUUCAUCCUUAAAUUAUCUCUCAUUGCUGGUAAAACUACAUCGCUCAAGUACUUGCAACAGAUGUUACAAUUACUCAUUCAAUUAACUGGUGAUCAGUCAUACCACUUCAGUGACUACGAUGCUUCUCUUGUAUUGUCAUGUCUUCUCCAAGUUGCACAUCCUACUGCUAUCGAAAGAUUCAAGGGCCAAGUGAAUAGAGAAAGUGCUCAUAUCGUAUUUGAUAACGUAUGUACAGUACUUUCUAACCUUGUCAGUCAGCAUAAGGAACAAGUUGUUUACAUGAUGCCCCCAUUUAUCGCCUUUAUCCAAUCUCUUUUCCAUUGUUUCAAAUCUACACAUGUUUCUUUGGUCAGUGGAACUAACGCACCCACUAGAAAGAGAAAGCUUAAUGCCGAACAAAAGAACAACGGCAAGGCUUUUGCUGGCCGAACUAUUCCUUUAUUAUACGAAUUCGCACCUUUAGACGAUGCGUCAGCUCAAAAACUUGCUCGUGUGCUAACAACAAUACCACAAAAACAACAUUCUACAUCGACAGCCAAGAAUGCAAAGAGUACACAAACUCUGCACAAAAUCAUCGCUAAGCAUACAUCUUCUAUUUUAAUUGAAUACUUUACCAUCCAAUCCAACCCUACAAUGAGCAUCGUUCGCCCUAGCACAAAAUCCGUCUUGACACAGGCAUUGUAUGAAAUUUUAGACAUGUGCUCAGAGUCAGAUCACACUUUUAUUUUGUCUUGUUUAGACGGCCCCGGUAAAUCGCUAUUUAAGAGCUUUUACACCAACUGGAAAGAUACGCAUAAGUAUACUGGCCAAUAG